AAAAACACCAAAUACGCAGCCGCAGACCCAUGGAUCCCUUCUACAAGUUUCCACAAACUUCUCACGUCUCAUGUUGAAUGUGUGUCAAGGGUAUUCAUGGGCCCUCAAAAUACCUCCACUACAAGUUUGAUCCGAUACAGAUUUAAUGUCAAUCGUUCAUAUAACAACCGUCUGCGAAUUGUUUGCUACAUGUCAUUGUUCACAAAAUUUACUAUAAUUACCGUUUCCUUUCGCAGGCUUCCCCUUAUUACUUGAAUCAAAACCUUGGGGCGCCUUGGGCACUCAUUUUGGUUCUUCCUCACAUAAGGGAACUUCUUUUUCAACCUUGCCUCAACGGCAAGGCUUUCAGACCCCCUUCAAUCCGGCUUUAGAAUCUCCCCUGCAUCCUUCAGAAAACUAUCAAAUAUUUGGUAGGUUUGACUAAUUUUCAGGAUGUUUACGUCAAUGUGCAACGAUAAAGAAUUAAUGGCCCAAUUCUUUUGAGCUUAGGGCCUUAAUGUUUUACAAUUAGACGAAAAAAAUUCGUUAGGAGAGAGUAAAAAUGGAGAAGAAAGGCAAUAUCUUGAUGCAAAGGUACGAGAUAGGGAAAUUGCUCGGCCAGGGGACGUUUGCCAAGGUUCACCAUGCUAGGAACCUGAAAACAGGAGAGAGCGUGGCGAUCAAAAUCAUCGACAAACAGAAGGUGAUGAAGGUUGGUUUGAUCGAUCAAAUCAAGCGUGAGAUCUCCGUAAUGAGGCUGGUCAAGCACCCAAACGUGGUGCAGCUCCACGAGGUCAUGGCAAGCAAAUCCAAGAUUUAUUUUGCCAUGGAAUACAUCAGAGGCGGCGAGCUUUUUAACAAGGUGUCAAAAGGGCGGCUCAAAGAGGAUGCCGCACGCAAAUACUUCCAACAGCUGGUGGCUGCCGUGGAUUUCUGCCAUAGUCGGGGCGUGUACCAUCGUGAUCUGAAGCCCGAGAAUCUCCUCCUUGAUGAAUUUGGGAAUUUGAAGGUGUCGGAUUUCGGGCUGAGCGCAUUGAUUGAUUCCAAAAGGCAAGAUGGUCUUCUCCAUACAACCUGCGGGACUCCAGCAUAUGUUGCCCCGGAGGUUAUAAACAAAAGAGGGUACGACGGAGAAAAGGCUGAUAUUUGGUCCUGUGGUGUAAUCCUUUUCGUGCUAUUGGCGGGUUAUCUUCCUUUCCAUGAUUCAAAUCUCAUGGAAAUGUACAGGAAAAUCAGCAAAGGAGAAUUCAAGUGCCCGCAAUGGUUUCCGCCGGAGGUCAAAAAGCUGCUUUCAAGAAUUCUUGACCCUAAUCCAUCCACAAGAAUAACCGUUUCCAGGAUCAUGGAAAAUUCAUGGUUCAGAAAGGGAUUCAAGCGGAUCGAAACCCCGGACCUUGAUUUAGACGAGCAGUCGCCGCGCAGCAUUUUGGAGAUUGAUGAUUCGGAUACUGAGUCUUGUUCCGGGAAGAACAAAGAAGAUGCUCAACCAGCCGUUGCAAAGAAACCAAACUGCCUGAAUGCAUUUGAUAUCAUAUCCCUUUCUCCAGGAUUCGACCUAUCUGGAUUAUUCGAGAAGGACCGUAGUAAUUCGGCCAAGUCUGAGGCCUGGUUCACAACCCAAAUGCCACCAUCAAUGGUGGUGUCGAAGCUGGAGGAACUGGCAGUCAUGGAGAGUUUCAAGAUCAAGAAGAAGGAUGGAAUCGUGAAAAUGCAAGGUAGCAAAGGGGGACGAAAAGGGCAGCUAGCUAUCGAUGCGGAGAUAUUCGAAGUGACCCCAUCGUUUCACAUGGUGGAGGUGAAGAAGACGGCCGGCGACACGAUGGAGUACGUUAAGUUUCGUGAUCAAGAAUUGAAGCCAUCGCUCAAGGAUGUGGUGUGGAGUUGGGAGGGAAGUGGGACGAACUUGACGCAGCAAACUCUACCAGAAGAAAACGUUAGUUAGACUUAAUUGUGCAGUUUCAGAGAGCAAUCAAGUCAGACAGCAAUUAGUUUUAGGCCCACCGGACAGAUAACUAGUUGCAACAAACAGUACACAUGCUACUGUCAUCAUUCGGACGCCAUAAAACUAGUCAUUGCUGCAUAGAAGAUGACAGCUAGUGACUAUAGAUGUAGUUGACAAAUUGAACUCGAGAAUCUUAAUUUCAGUGGAUCAUUUCACUUGUAGAUUCACAAUACAAGGAGAAUGACCAUGUGGAGUAUAAGUUAGCAGCAAUUUGCCCACCCUUCACAUGGAUUUGGAAGUUAUAUAUAACAGAUUCUUUCCAGACAAUCUCCUAACACUUGCUAAGCAUAACCUGACAACUUACUGUCAUAUAUGUACAGGUUCUAACAUAUA